AUGGCUUCCGCGCAGGUGAAUGGCUACAAGCCUGCUGUUGCAGAGCAGCAUGAACAAGCUGCUUUCUACGACCAGUGGCUGCAAUUAAAGGAGGCUGUUCUAGCAGACAAACACGCACGCUUUAGGUUGCCAGCUGCUGUAAGACAGCGGCUUCAAUCUGCCGUCGCGCCAUCGUCUACUUCCAACUAUGCCUCAACUUUGCAGCUACCUGGCCUUUCUAAUGCGCAAAGCAGAGAACAGGCAAUGCUCAACUCGUCUCAGGGUGCUGCUACUGCUGCUUCUCUUCUAGGAAAUGCGCAAGCCUUUUCACAGAAUGCGUCCACAGCAUCAGGGACAGUUGCUUCUAGGAGUGGCAUUGACCCAGUUCUGUUGACAAAAUCUGAAGAUUUGAUCAGAGCAGAGAUACAGCUGAAGAGACAGCGAAUUGAGAGACAGCUCAAAGAUGCAGCAGAGCAGCGCAGACACACUCCCUUCUUCAAGAAUCAGGAAGACAUGGCACCUCUUAUUGGUCUGACCGAGACUUUUGAGAAAGCGCUUGAAUUGGUCAGGCCUAUUUCGGGUCUCAAGCCCCCUGCUAAUGCUCAAACUACAGCGAGUGAUUCUUUCGACGAGAAUUCAUAUUACUCUAGCCAGGCCAACGAUUGGUCGUCAGAAGAGGGCUCGCCCAACAAGAGAUCAGAAGCGACAGGUCUGGCAAGUAGCGCACCUCCUUCUAAGCAGCAUCCUGUCCAUGUUGAACAUGAUGACAAGCAGCAUCGCCCUUUGCACAAUCUCGAUCAGCACGAAUCCGAAACUCUCUACGACGCCGAAAGGGAGGAUUCGGAGGAAUACUCACCACCGGAUGCA